UGCAGACAUUCGCAUGCAAGUAGCAAUUUAUUUUUGUAAAAUUUAAAAUACGCUAUGGCUGAUAAUAUAAAGAAUGAAGAGGUAAUUAAAGAUAUAGAAAACGAAGAGGAAGAAGAGGAGAUUGACGGAGCAGAGGAAAUAGAGACCAAAGACCCUGCUAAAAAGAAGAAGAAAAAAAAGAAAAAGAAGAAGACAGCGGGAACUGAAAUUGAGAAUGGAAGUGAGGUGCCAGAAAAAACUGAAAACCUUCCAUUAGAAGAGAAUAAUGAGGAGGCAGAGAAAAAAAAGAAAAAGAAGAAUAAAAAUAAAAGUAAUAAAAUUACGGGCAAGAUCCAAACUGAUCCUCCUACAAUUCCAAUUGGAGAACUUUUCCCUGAUGGCAAUUUCCCGGAAGGUCAAAUAAUGGACCAUGGCCCGGCAGAGGGCAUUGAUGACAGAACUGCUAAAGAGCGCUUUGCUAGUGAAGAGAAGAGAGCUUUAGAUAGAAUGCAUAAUUAUGUCUAUCAAGAGAUAAGGCAGGCUGCAGAGGCCCACAGGCAGACUCGCAAAUAUAUACGCGAUUGGAUAAAGCCUGGUAUGACCAUGAUUCAAAUCUGUGAAGAGCUGGAAUCCACAGCAAGACGUCUCAUUGGUGAGGAUGGUUUGAAAGCGGGACUGGCUUUCCCUACUGGUUGCAGCCGUAAUCACUGUGCUGCCCAUUAUACACCAAAUACAGGUGACAACACAGUCCUUGAAUAUGAUGAUGUGGUGAAAAUAGAUUUUGGUACACACAUCAAUGGGCGUAUCAUUGACUGCGCGUUCACUUUGCACUUCAACCCGCGCUAUGACCCGCUCGUGAAGGGUGUUCAAGAGGCCACUGAGGCGGGUAUCAAGGCCUCUGGUGUCGAUGUCAGGCUCUGCGAUGUUGGUGCAGCUGUUCAAGAGGUAAUGGAAUCACAUGAAGUUGAACUAGACGGUAAAGUGUAUCAGGUGAAACCGAUUCGCAAUCUCAAUGGCCACUCCAUUGGUCCUUAUCGAAUUCAUGCUGGCAAAACUGUACCAAUCGUGAAAGGUGGUGAGACAACACGCAUGGAGGAAAAUGAAUUCUAUGCAAUCGAGACAUUCGGCUCCACCGGCCGCGGCCAAGUUCACGAUGAUAUGGAUUGCUCUCACUACAUGAAGAACUUCGAGCAACAAUUUGUGCCUUUAAGACUGCAGUCGUCAAAACAGCUACUCAACGUUAUAAACAAGAACUUCAGUACGCUCGCGUUCUGCAAGCGCUGGCUGGAACGCGCCGGCGCGUCCCGCUACGCCAUGGCCUUAAAGGACCUCUGCGACAAAGGGGUGGUGGACGCAUACCCUCCCCUGUGCGACUCCAAGGGCUGCUACACUGCGCAGUUCGAGCACACCAUACUACUGAGACCUACUUGCAAAGAAGUGGUCUCCCGUGGGGAUGAUUACUAAAGCAAUCCGCGCACUAUGCGGUGAAUUGAGUGCGUUUUAAAAUCAGCAUCAGGAAAAAAUCGACGCUAGUUUCAACACCUUUUGAUAAGUGUUGGAUAGCUUAUUAACAUAUUUUGUCUUUUUGGAGUGUCAUGAAGUAAGAAAGUGACAAAACUUACGUUAAUGCUAUCAGAUACUUGCAAGAAGAUGGCGAAACAGGCCCUUAGCGUUAAGUUAAAAAUUAGGUACGAAAAUUUACCGCAGUGCGCGCUUGCUCUUAUUUAAUCGCAAUAAACACAGACUAAAGGAAAAAAGUAGACGGACAUGACAUUCGGUAAACGAGUUCUAGUAUUUAUGUUGCCCAUAAAAAGUAAAUAGCAUUUUAAAUAAAGAAAAUUUAAGUAAAAUUCUUCCAGCGGCCGUAUGACUAAAAGUUCAAAGUGAAAAUAAUAGCUGGGAGAACCACACAUGUUUGCCUUUCCAGACUGUGUUACACUUUUUGUUUUAGAGCGUAAGAGGCAGUUUAGUUUUAUUUCCAAUAAAGUCGCCAACUGUAACUAGUGUCUUGCUUUUUAAAUUGAGGCUUGCUGAGGGCCACAUUUGCUUACUUAAACUAGGGGUUCUGGGAGUGCGUGCUGCGAAGUCAUAUUUUCAAAACUAGUAUGAAAUUUUUUACUUUGCAUAAAUCCAACCCUCCAGAACAUAAAUCAUGAGUGGAUAACAAUGAACUCAAACGGUUUUGAAUAUUCGAUGUCGAUUAAAACCAUGACGCAUAACGUUUUUGACAAUACUUUCGGUCAAAUUCUUAUUGCAAUAAAGAAAAGGUCUGCGUUAUUGCCUACCCUUACCCUAUUUCAACGUCUAUAUUUUUUUAACCAGUCCUAAGUCGCACGAUAAAUGGAUAGACUGCGAUUCAAUAUUAUCUGUACAAAGAUAAUAUUGAACAGCAGUCUUAAUUUAAACCUUUUUUGUAUACUUUUUACUGGUCACAAAAUCUUGCAAUAGGCAUGCAAAACUAUCAUGAGAGCAAAUAAAUUCUUAAAAAAAACAAUGUUGUACGCUGUGCGUAUUAUCCGCAGAUAGUCCUUCAAAGUAAAUCGACUAAAAUUUCGAGGAUACAAAUCUUAUACAAAGGGUACAAGCA